AUGAAGGCCAAUCUAUCUUUGCCGUCGUUGCGGCAGUCCAUCGCCAAACGCCAUGCUCUCAUCUACUUCGUCCCCGGGAACCCGGGCGUCGUCGAGUUCUACACCGAUUUUCUCCGAUCCCUCCGCGCGCUGCUCGACAAGACGGAGAGCGACACGGCCUAUGACAUUUACGGGCGCAACCUUUUCGGAUUUCGCGAUGCCGACCACGAGCCUUUUGGCGGCCAGAACUUGCCGUACGAGCUGGACGCGCAGGUCGAGGGCAUGUGGGCGGAUAUUGCCUCACAACGCCGCGGCGACAGCCACGACCAGCCGUACGACUCGGUCAUCCUCAUUGGACACUCUAUUGGCGCUUACAUUGUCGUCGAGACAUUUCAUCGACAGUCAGUGAGCCCCAAAGCCGGCCUCAACCUGCAACACGGCUUCCUGCUCUUCCCCACCAUCAGCUACAUUGCGCGCUCACCAAGUGGCCUCAAAAUUACAGCCCUGCAGCAAAGAUGGUACCUUCCCGGUGUAGAGGAAAAUCUACACACUAUUGCGAAGGGCCUCUUGUUUCUGUUUCCCCAGUCCACAUUGCAGUGGGUGUGGGCCACUUAUCUCGGCUUCAGUUCCCAAGCCGCGGCGACGCUCGCCGAGUGGCUCAAGAGCCGGGAUGGCGUGUGGCAGGCCAUUCAUCUUGGGCGGUCAGAACUCAAAUACGUCCUCAAGGACAAAUGGGAGGACAGUUUCUGGGAUAAUGUCUCUACGUCCUCUAGUGGCGGUGUGGUGCCAAAGUUCUUUUUCUUUUAUGGCAAGCACGAUCACUGGGUCGACAAUGACUUGCGUGACGAGUUUAUCGCGCGCCAAAAAGCACGUGGGGCUGACCCUGCGCGCCCCUCCAUCGAGAUUGAUACGGGCGAUAUUUCUCAUGCCUUUUGUACAAGAGAAGACACGAGUCUUCAAGUCGCCGAGAAAGUUUACACCUGGGUUCAGGCCAUUGAUACUUUUCAGAAAUGA